AUGAAAUCAGUUGCGCUGUUUUCCAUCUUCCUGCUUCUAGUCUUUCAGCAUGAAUGUGCCACCGCACCUCCUUCUGGAACUUCGAAACUCCGCCUGAUGUUCUUUCAACCCAGCAUGCACUGUUUACUGGAAACCCGGGUAUUUGAGGUUUUCCAUUCCUUGAUGGCUGCCGUCAAAUACAGCAGAAAGCACACCGAGGGUCUCAUUAAAGAGGGUGAUGUACAACCCUUCGUAAAGUUAAUUCUGGGUUGUUCUUUGACAGAGAAACACCGAAUGCAAGAAAUUGUCCGAUUUUUGAAAUUGAUCGCGUCCGAUAUUGAAGACUUCAAAGGUUACACUGUCUACAUUGGACCACAACGGGGUAGCAUGUGUGCACUCAUCAGUGACUGGGUGGCUCAAAGUAAACUUGUGCGAGCGGCUUACGCCAGUCUCCGGCAAAUUAACUAUGCAUGUGCGACUGACGGUUUUGUCAGGUUCUACUCCAAGAUUCCUCCAAAAAGGAAUAAUACAGAUCUGCUUAAUAAUUUGGCAUCUGUGACCAUUAGCAUUCCCAGCGAAGAACUCUACAAAUCGCUAAACAUUUUCUUACGGCAACAGGGUUGGAAGAAUAUCGCAAUCCUCUAUGAGAGUAGUGAGCUAGCGUUGGAGAAUGAGGCUAUUGGCCAAACAAUUGCCUAUCUCCUUUCGAAUGCAGGGGACAUUAAACUGAAUGUUAUAUUACAGGCUAGUGUUCAGAGGGACAGCGACCCCGUACGUAUUGUCAGUGGAUUGACAGUUAACUGUCAUGCCAUUUUUCUCAUCGCACACACAAGUAUUGGAGGAUUCUUCCUGUCAAAAGUGAAGGACAUGCCAAUCUUCCAAAACGGCCAGGUUGCCAUUGUGAUAUUUGAUCCCGGCAACGUGAUCACCUAUGAUUCACUGCGUCUCUGGAAACGGGUGCUGGAAGAAGAGCCGAAUAUAGGAGCGGCUGGACAGAGCGUAUUUCUCAUGACAGGACUAUCGUCGAGCUUUGGCUUCGACAUGAAAUCAGAGGUGUUGAACUCCGUAGGUUUGCGUGGCUGA